GAGUUAAUACGUGCUCAUGAUGAAAUAGGACAAAUCUAUGACCAUAUGUACAAAUCUGGAAAAGAAAGUUCAAUUAAGUUGCAAGUAUUAGCCUCUCAUAGAAACUGCUAUCUUUUCCCUUCUGAAGUGCUUUCCAAUAAAAUGCCAAUAGAAGCAACAAGAGUAGUAGGCCUUCGCCGUGUUGAAAAUAAGCCUUUGGGAUUCACAGUUGAAAUUAAUUCACAAAACUUUUUAUCGGUGGCACGUAUACUUUCAGGGGGAAUUAUUGAUAAACAAGGACUCUUGAAUACAGGAGAUGUAAUACUAGAAAUUAAUGGAGUUCCGGUUAGUACACCUGAAGCGUUGCAAGCAGAAGUUUCACGUUCCAAAGGAGAUCUUACCCUAAAAAUUGCACCAUACGUACAAGAUGAAUCUACAGAAAAAAGUAUCGUUAAUUAUCACUCACUUGAUAAUCCCGGAAAAAAAUUGACAUGCUUUAUGAGAGCCUUAUUUGAUUAUAACCCUUUCGAAGAUGCGUUGUUACCAUGCAAAGAUAUUGGACUGGCUUUUAAUUCGGGUGACAUUUUACAGAUAUUGAGUGUAAAGGAUCCGAAUUGGUGGCAAGCGAAAAACUUCAACGAUCAAAUGGAGCGGAUCGGUCUAAUACCUUCACAAGAAUUGGAAGAGAGACGCAAAGCUUUUGUUGUACCCGAAGCUGAUUUCGCUCAUAAGAUAGGCAUAUGCGGAACACGGGUCUCAAAGCGUAAAAAAAUUACUAUGUACAAAUCUAAAGCAAAUUGCGAAUUUGACAAAGCUGAUUUGCUUUUAUAUGAGGAGGUAACAAGGAUGCCACCAUUUCGAAGGAAAACUCUGGUGUUAAUUGGUGUUCCAGGAGUUGGCAGGCGCACCCUCAAAAAUCGUCUUAUCAAUAGUGAUCCGGAGCGAUUUGGAACCGUCAUACCCCACACAACUAGACCUAAGCGACCACUUGAAGAAAAUGGAGUCAGUUAUUAUUUUACUAAUCGUGAAAAAAUGGAAGAACAAAUAAAGCGUAAUGAAUUUCUUGAAUAUGGUAGUUACAAUGGACAUUUAUAUGGUUUGCAUUUGAACUCUGUGAAUGAAGUGAUCGAGAGUGGUCGGAUGUGCAUAUUAGAUUGUGCUCCAAGCACUCUAAAAUUUCUUCAUAAUAGUCAGCAGUUGAUGCCGUUUGUUAUAUUUAUCGGUGCUACUGGAAUGGAGCAGCUAAAACAAGUUUACUCUGAAAGACGUGCAACAGGAUCAGUUAAAAGUUUAUCGUUCGAUCGACAGUCUUCAAUUCGUUAUAGUUCUCGACGUGCGCGCACUCUGGAAUCACUUGCUUCCUUAUAUGAGGAAGAUGAUUUAAUUGCCACAGUCGAAGAAAGCUCUUUUUAUCAACGUCGUUAUGGGAAAUAUUUUGAUAUGGUUAUUGUAAAUAAUGAUUUUGACAACACAUUUCAGCAAGUAGUGAAAGUACUCGACGAAAUGAGUCAUGAGGAACAGUGGGUCCCUGUGAAUUGGAUAUACUAAAUCGAAUUAUAUAACCUGCAUAUAUAAACUUAAUUUUCUUAAAUUUGAUUGAAUAUACAUGUAUUGAUUCAUUAGCACCUAACUGAAUACUGUAUUACUUAUUAUCAUCCAUUGAAUUUAUUUCAAAAUAUUUUUGAAUAAAAAAUGUUGCAAGGGGUGGGGAUUACCCUUUUAUGGCAAUAUAAAUAGACAGUUAA